CUCACCACUAGACCAUAUUCCUAUACCUCGGAGGAUAAGCAGAAUGGAUGUGCAUGGAUGAGAGACAACGACAUAUGAAUGGUGAACCCAGGAUGAACAGCCAUCGGCCAUUGCCAUGCACCUUCCUCCCCAACCCCUCCACUCCUCAACUGACAUGUAUGUCUGCCUCUUCCUCUUCUUCCUCCUCCCACCCUCCAUCUCCGCAUUCAUCUCUUCUCAGUCCCUAACUCACCACCACAGCUAUUCUUUACCCCUUCAAACAAAAUGCCCCCCUACAUCGUACUCAAAUCCCUCACCUGCCUCCUCCGCCUCUACGCCAAACACGCCUACCCGAUCCCCCCUCCUCAUCCCACCCGCAUCCUCUCCCUCCCCGCGCGCACCUCGAACCGCUCAAUCCCCGUCCAUCUCUACGCUUCCUCGACCUCAUCCACGUCCGCCACCCCGUCCCCAGUUCUCCUCAACGUCAGCGGCAGCGGCUUCAUCCUUCCCUCGCAUGGCAUCGACGAACCUUUUAUCACCAACAUCACAACCCACACUCGCUACACCGUCCUGGACAUCAACUAUCGGCUCGCCCCCGAACAUCCUUUCCCCGCCGCCCUCGAGGACAUCGUCGACGUGCUAGGAUACGUUCACUCCCACCCGGAACAAUUCGAUCAGACCAAGAUUGCCAUCUGCGGGUUCAGUGCGGGAGGGAACUUGGCUGCGUCGGUGGCGGCACAUUCUCCGGGCACGAGGAUUGGGACCCUCGUGGCGUUUUAUCCGGUCGUGGAUGGGACGAUUUCGGAUAAGGAGAAGGGAAGAAGGAUGGGUAGAGACGGGGACAGAAAGAUGAAGAAGGGGAUAGGGGGUGUGUUGCCGGCAUGGUUAAUGGGGUUUUAUCGGACGUGUUAUUUGAGGAGCGGAGUGCCUGGCCGCAAACCGGGGGAAAAGCUGGAGGAGGAUGACAGAGUCUCGCCGGGAUGGGCGGGGGCGAGGUUGGCUGGGUUUCCGGAACGAUGUCUGUUUGUUACGUGUGAGUGGGAUUCGUUGGCGAGGGAGACGGAGGACUUGGGCCGGCGGUUGAUGGCACCACCGGGACGGAAAGUGCGGAUGAUCAGGGUGCAGGGGUGUGGGCAUGCGUGGGACAAGAUCGCCAAGAAGGGGACCAAGGAAUGGGACGAGAGGGAAAGGGCGUAUCAGGCGGUGGUGGACUUGUUGAAGGAUGAUUGAGGAUGAGGAGUGGAAUGGUAUCAUGGUAUCAUGCAUUAAUGGAUUAUGGAGGCGUCUAGGCCAGCUCCGGCCAGUACUUCUUCACAAGCGUCUUCUUGUUCACCUUGCCCAUCGCGUUGCGCUCAAUGGCAUCCACCAGCUUCAGCACCGUCGGGAUCUUGUACGGCGCCAUCUCCUGCUUGAGCUCCGUGCGCAGACUCGCCAGCUCCAACGGCUCGGUC